ACGCCAGUGGCAGUGGCGGUGCGGCAGACCGCGGACGGCGCGGGCGCGCGAUCCGCAAUGAGCGCCGCCCUGCACGACUCUUGGGUAUCGGCCAUAACACGCUACACUACAAUCCGCACCUUGAGUAACUUCCAAUGUGUGGGCUUGUGGUCUACCUGCUAAAACGUCGCGUGUGCACUAUCCGUUUUAUACAAAAGUGAAUGUGAAGUGUUUGUUCCAAAUUAGUCAAAGUCAUCUUAACUUUAGAUGACGGCUAUCAGUGUUUGUGCGAAGUGAUCCGAAGAUUGGUUAUUAUUAAACAGCGCAUUCCUCGCGAUCAAUGAUAUGCCACAUUCAAGUGUACCACUCAAGUAAUUGCUAACAGAUUGUUACGCAAAUGUGAUUGACGAUAACGAUUCGGUUGUGUUUACCGUUACUUCAAUUUGGCCACCGUUCUGUCUAUCUGCUGCCUCUGGAGGUUCGUUCACCUCGUCGUUUGGAUGUUAUUCCAUCUCGUGUAGUUUGUACUGAUGGGCUCGAUAGGCCGACCUUUGUCCAACAUAUGGAACUAAUUUCAACGUAGUAGCCGAUGACUGGUCAUUUGGCAACGAGAACUUAAUUUUCAAUGAUGUAUCAAUACGGAAUGAACAUGUCUCGUUAUUAAUAAGAAAAUAAUGAAGCAAUGUUGUUCAGUGAGUAGUGUGUGAGUUUUUUGUGAUAAGUGCCGCGAUAAAGCCGUCAAAAUGAUGCAAGGAUUUCUGGACUCGCUCUACAAAAUUUAUUCAGAUUGGCGCGCACCAAUGACAGACGAGUCGGAGGCGGCGAGGGCGCGGCGCGUGCCGGCGCCGCCGCCGCGGCAACCAACACGCCCGCCCGAGCCUCGGCCGCGCACGCAGGUCGCGGAGCCGCCGGUCCGGCUCAUCCGCCCGUCGGAACACCUGGCGAUAGUGGAACGCGCCAUGGAGCGGCGGCCGCCGGUGCCGCUGGUCCCGUCGGUGACGGUGGUACAAGGCCCUCGGCCUGCUCUGCAGUCCAUGCCACCGCCUGCGCCCGGGUACAGGCACGUAGCACCGCCGCCGCUCAGGAUGCCCGCUCCGGUCCCGCCGCCAGUGAUGAGGUUGCCACCGCCCCGAUUGGAUGUUCAGGUACAAACACCUGAAUACGCGGUACCGUUUAGGAAUCCCCAACCGCCAGUGCACGCUCAGCCACUGCCACUGCCGCCGGCGCCGCUCGCGAUCACCCACGUAGCCGCCCCCGUCCCCGCACCGGCGCCCGCGCCUGUCCCCGCUGCCCCGCCGGCGCCUGCGGUUGCUCCCGCCGCGCAUUGCGCCGCCCCGCGCACCAUCGUCAUACAAAGGCCCGACGCUCGACACGGCUUCGGAUUCACGCUUAGACAUUUAGUAGUGUACCCGCCAGAGUCUUUACAGGAGUUGUACGAAGAUGCUCGACACCUGGCGGUGGGCGCGGUCGGCGCCCCGAUGGACACGAUCUUCGUGAGGUCUGUGCGCGCGGGCGGGCCGGCGGCCGCGGCGGGACUGCGCGCCGGCGACCGAGUGCUGGCCGUGAACGGCGAGCCGGUCGCGUGCGGCCGCGCCAGGGCGCCGUACGCGCGCGUCGUGCAGCUGGCGCAGCGGGAGCCGCGCGUGCUGAGGUUGACUGUGGUGCCGAGGGACCACGACCUCUUGCAGAGGUAUUUCAGCGAAGCCGCGUAUAAUCCAGAGACGAACCAGCGUCCGCUAGAGAUGCCGGCGCCGGUGUCGGAGCAGGAGUCGCGGCUGUUCGACGCGUACCGGCGGCCGCGCGCGUCGCUGCCCGCCCCGCAGGCGCCCGCGCGACGUGACGACCCGGAGUAUGCCAGCGUCGCCUCCAUAGCGCCGUCGAGAUACGACGUGUCGAGGUUGACCGGCACGCCGCAUUAUCUCAUGCAUGAUGGGAGACGGGAAUCGGAUACAUCCCUACCAUCAUCAGCGGCGGAGAGCAAGGACAGCCUCGGAUCAUUCGACUCCAACUCAACGCUCACCGGUCGGGAAAUAGACGACUCGAUCAUCCUCUCGCGAAUACGAAAGAGUUUGGAACAGAAAGAGGCUUUCCUACGACGGCCCAGCCAGCCGACCGGCUGGGUCACGCCAGACGCGCCACCGCCGAUCAAACAGAAGGAGUUCUACGCCAGGCCGCAGAAGCUACAGAAGCCGGCGUGGCCUCCGCCCACGGCGUCCCCACCCCUAGCCGCAUCACCUCCCCCGCAACCUACAGAACAAAAGAAAGAAGAGUGCGUCAGCGUUGACAGUGGAACGUAUAGCGGUUACGGAGAAGUGAACGGCACACACAACGACAAAAACAGAGCGAAACAAGACAAGAAUCAGUUCGUGGUGACGCUGUCCAAGAUACAGGAAACAGCGCCGAGCAUUCAGAGUCCUAAUGUUGGGACCGUUACUAAUGGAACGGCGAAAGAAGUCAAGGAGGUGAAGGAUGAAGGGGCUGCUAGUAAUCAAGAUAGCAAAUACCCGGUGCCGGAGCUGCAGCUGGUGACGGCGCGCACGCGGCAGCUGGAGGCGGCGCGCGGCGGCUCGCGGCGCACGGAGACGGCGCGCAGCGAGCUGGCGCGGCUCUCCACCACGCGCCUCGAGCCCAGCGUGGCGCUGCGCCGCAAGGAGUUCGAGACGCGCGCGCUGCGCCGCGACGCGCGCUCGCUCGACGUGCAACCGCACCAGGAAUUAGAACACGAGAUACCCCUAGGUGGCAGCCUAUCAGGAAACCAAUUAAUGAUCACCGGCAGCAAACACUUGCAUUGUCCUCCUCCAGAUGGAUAUGUGCCCGAAACGGAAAAGGUUCAAAUGCGAACAAGGUCGAACAGUACCGGUAGUGAAGGAUUACCUAUUAGAAGACAUCAUGCCACAGAUGGCAGUCACGCGAAGAGACGUAUGGGCCUGAACAGAGAGCAAAUGGAGGCGAUGAACCGAGUGUCGCUGCCGUCGGCGGUGAAUGGCGAGGGGCGGGAGGGACGCGAGGGGCGCGAGGGGCCGGCGACGCCCGCGCGGCCCACGCAGCUCAGCCUCGCCCCGCCCGCCGCCGCGCCGCCGCCGCCCCCCGCCUCGGCCUCCACCUCGGCCACCACCUCCCCCUCGCCCACGCCGAGCACACCCGCCGACUCAGGUUUUGCUGAUGAUUUGGUGACAAGAAGACAGAAGAAGGAUGCUCAACUUGGGGAAGAGGAGCGUGCCAUGCGGAGGGUUUCCUACUUAAAAGCCACAUGGGGUGAUCGGUUGCACUUAGACAGCGAUGUAGAACCAGACGGUGACCACCACGCUCUGCGAAGCCCAGAGAAGAAGGGCGACGGAGAGGCGACAGAGAACGCAGUGGAAGCGACAGAAGGUGACGUGCAGGGCAACGUGCAGGUCAAGAUGGUGGUCUGCAACGGAAAGCGCGCAAGCGACAGAUCGUGGAAGCAAGUGUGGGCGGUGCUGCACGGCACCAAGCUGUACCUGUACAGACACCAUCCCAGUCAGGUAUGUCGUGCAGUCAGCUCUAGUAUUACUGAAUCAAGCCCCGGCGCGGUGACCGGCGGCGGCGCUGACGCAGCACAGUCGCGCGACGCGCUCGACGUGCGCUACUCGCUCGCCGCGCUCGCUGACGACUACACCAAGCGGAAACACGUGGUACGAGUCACCACGGCCGCCGGCGCUGAGCUACUACUGCAGGCCGAAGGUGCCGCUGACGCGCAGCGAUGGCUGGCAGCGCUGAGGCGCCACUCGGCCGAGCCGCCGCCCGCGGAGCCUGCGCCUGCGCAAACCGCGCCCGCGCCUGCCCCCGCCUCGACGACAGCGCCCGCGCCCGCGCCUCAGGCCACCGCCGAAUGCCCCUCACCGCUCCCCCCACAGCGCAGCAAGAAGAUCAGCAGGAACAGGUCGCCCACUGGCCCACCAACACCAACCCUGCCGUCGUCACCGAAGAACAAGACGUGGAAGGGGCGCAUGGCGAAGCAACUCCGGCGCAUGCACGGCGGCACCGCGGCCAGUACGCCCGCGGCCGCCGCCGCGACUGGCUGGCUCGGCGCGCCGCUCGAGCGCUGCCCCGCCGACCAGGAACAUCCGUUCGUGCCCAAAGCUGUCACACUGCCCGCGCAGGCCGUUGAGGCAUACGGACUGCGCACGGUAGGCGUGUACCGCGUGCCGGGCAACGCGGGCGGCGUGGCGGCGCUGGCGGCGGCGCUGGACCGCGGCCAGCCGCCGCCCGCCGGCGACGCGCGCUGGGCCGACGUGCACGUCGCCUCCAGCCUGCUCAAGGCGUACCUGCGGCGGCUGCCCGACCCGCUGCUCACCGCGCAUCUCUACCCCGCCUUCAUAGCGGCGGACAGAUCUCCGGACAGGGCUCGUGAACUGAAGCGGUUGGUCCACGCGCUGCCCGAGGCGCAUUACGAAACACUCAAGUACCUGAUCCAACAUCUGCGCAAAGUGGUGGCGCACUCCGGCUCCAACAAGAUGGAGGCGCGAAACUUGGCCAUCGUGUUUGGUCCAACGUUGGUGCGCGCCGCCAGCGACGACAUGCUGGCGAUGGUCAACGACAUGUCCAGCCAGUGUCGCAUCAUCGAGUCCUUCCUGACACACUACGAGUGGUAUUUCGAGGAGGAGGAGGGCGACCCGCCGGUGGAGCCGCCGCCCUCCGCGGACGAGCUGUCGCCCGCGCCGGCGCCCUCGCGCGACCUGCUCAUACACAACGUUAAGAAGAUCGAAGGUAAAGACGUGUCAACAAGAGACAUAGUAUCGUCGAUAAUAUCGGCGGCGAACCGCAAGAUCCAGCGCAAGCCUCGGUCCAAGCCCUCCGCCGACAAGAAGUGGUCGGAGGAGAAGCGCGCGGAGACGUCGCCGGGGGGCUCCCCGCCGAGCUCGCCGCUGACGUCACCGCUGACGUCACCGCCCGCGCACCUCACCACCUCGCUCGCCGACUACGACGGGCUGCCGCACAGGUUCACCAGGCAGGACGGGGUCAACAAAAUUGAGCUCGAGUCGAUGUCGGCGCUGGGUCGCGGUCGGCAGGAGCUGUCGCGACACGCGCAUGCGCUCACUAACUUCUCCAUUGAUGGAACCGGAGAUUUGGUGUCAUCUCUGACGAACACGUUCGACCAGAAGCUGCGCACGCUCAACAAUUCGUCGCCGCUCGACGACGGCAGCAUCCCUUACGCGGACGAGUGCCAGGAGGAGAACGAGGAGGGCAAGUCCACCGCCAGCUCGCCCUCGGAGGGCAGUCUGCACAGCGAGCGGGACGAGCGGGACGAGCAAGCGGAGCGAGCGGAGCGCGACCGGCCCGAGCGAGUCUCGCCCGCCGUGCGCGCGCACGAGCUCAAGGCGGCCUGGCUCGCGCGCGACCACCGACACUCCUCCUCCAGCAGCGCCGACGAGCCCGACCGCGCCUGGCCGCGUCGCCACGCGCGCGACGACGGCGACGACUCCGAGAAGGAGAACUGCGCCGCCGCGCCCGCGCCGGCCCCCGCCCCCGCCACACACGCGCCACACGCGCCGCCCGCGCCGGACGCCGACGACAAGCGCGAGUGCGGCAAGCGGCACAGCGGCGCGCAGGCGGCGCGGCCCGACGGCGCCAAGCUGAAGCGCUCCGAGUCGCUGUCGCGCGAGAGCCGCCACGAGGCGCGCGUGCUGCGCUCCGAGAGCCUGAACUGCCGCGACCCCAGCCGCCGCCGCGAGCCCGCCGCCUGGCGCUCCACCAAGCUCAAGCGCAAGAACGGCAUGCCGGAGCGCGGCAUCAAGCGGCGCCACACGGUGGGCGGCACGAAGGACUUCGACAAGGACGGCUGGUCGGCGCGCCACACGCGCACGUCGUCGCCGGACCUGACGGCGGCGUGGCCGGCGCUGCCGCUGCCGCCGCACCCGCUGGAGUCGCACGUGUGACGCUCGCGCCGCGCCUCGCUCUGAGCCACCGCUCGUCACGCGACGCUCUGACACUCUGCACGGUAGCUGUCCCCGGUGUCUAUUCACGUGGUGCUGUAUGUAUGUAGUUCCCCUGGUGCCCCCCGGUGCCUGGUGCCUCGUGCCUGGUGCCUGGUGCCUGGUGCCUGGUGCCAGGUCCCUGGUGCCUGGUGCCAGGUCCCUGGUGCCCUCUGCUCCACUCCGCCGACGAGAGACCGACGCGCGUUCCCGCCGACGUUGACGGUUCGACACUUUCAUUUUGAGAGAGGCUAUUUUCUUUGAUUCGAUUCAAUUGACUGAAUAGAUUAGGUCACAAAUGUCUAUAUAUGAUAUACGAAUAAAUAUAAUACUCAAGAGUCGUAGCGCGUCGUGAACUCUACGUUUCCUCGCGUUUCGAUCGUUAAUCACUCCGACUUAUUGACUGUUCUCGUACGAAAUGUAGGUUAAUGCGAUAUGAAUAAAUAGUAACGAAAAGAUUCAAUUAAAUUAAUGUGAAUAGCGGUGCAAUAUGUUUUAAACAUUGUAGACGAGGAGGAAGUGUUUGAUUGAACUAAUAGAAACGAUUAUAUGAAAAGUCUAAGCGAACUUAGCUCACUAAAUAAUGCCAAAGAAUGAUUUAUGAAGCUGACGAUAUAUUUGAGAAUAGAUGCAUGCGCGGAGCAUACUAGGGCGACGGGAAGGAUCGGUGACAGGCAUGCAAGGAUCGCACGUCGAGGACGAAACUAACAAACCACACGAGGAGACACGUGUCGCACACGCGCCGCGUGGCGCCGUGUACCGGAGUCGGCAAACGUUCCACACACAUACACAUCGCUGUACGAAGCCACACUCCCCUUGUAGAUGCUGAACUACUUUUGGCGGAGUUGUUGUGGAACCUUGACUUGUAAACAGUGCAAAAUGAGCAUAAUAUAAAUUUAAUUUGUGCUACUAGUGUAGUUUACGCGAACAGUGAAUCGUUAUUAGGUAGGACGCCCGCGGCAGCUGCGGGCGACGUAAUGACCACACAGUAACACCAUUUAGCGUUAAGAUAUUAUUAAAUAGCGACUAUUAGUGUCCUGAAGUUUGCAUAAUGAUUUCGAUGCGAUUAUAUGUAUGCAUACAUCACCUACUUGCCUCUGCAAUAGUUUUAGCUGAUUCGAAUUUUAUGCACAAUUAUUAUGAAUUAUAUAAUUACAAAUUAUAGUUACCUUAGUGUCAGCGUGUUGACAACAGAACUGUGUGAGUGUAGAGAAAUGUGAAUUAGAAAUAUGAUAAUGAAUGAGUCGACAGAGUUUGUGUAUUGAAUAUUGAUUUGAAUAAUAUUGAAGUAUAUGUAUAGAGUAAGUGUUUAGCGUAGCGAGUAAGGAGUGAGGAGGGUCGAGUGUAAAUAAUGAAUGCAAUACAUGUGAGGGUCGGAGGGGGGACUCCGCACUCGGUACUCUUGCAACACUAUCGCAGUGAUAAUAAUGAACGUGAUCCCAUUUAGCUUUGUAAAAACUGUACAUUUCUUUUAUGAUUAAUUUAUACUUGUUAUCGUAGCUUUGUUGAAUGCAAUUAUUUUUUAUUGUUUUGUUUAUUGAACAGAAGUAUUUUUAGGCUAAAUUCAAUUGUUAUUUAUUUUGUGAAAGCUAUAAAAAAGUGAUUUGGCACAACCUUUUUUAUUUUAAAUUUAAUUAUUGUAAAUAUUUACGUCGGAGAAUUAAUGUUUUAGAUUUUCAUUCUUUAACUUUUUGAAAAUUUUAUACCAUCUUUACGUUAAGACGAUCUCAAGUUUGUUGAAUGUUUGCAAAGCGUUCCUUUUAAAGUUUUAUUUGUAAAUAUAUCAUUUAAUGUAGGAACUGAAUUUACUAAUUUUACUGGAUCAUAUUGUAGAGCGUAGAGGGCAGGUCGCCUCACAAAAGACAAGUCCCUCGGGACGGCUCGACGGAGCGUCUGCUUGCAACAGAUUGUAAUCAAAUAAUCUAUUCAUGUUCUUCGUGUAAUCACCUAUUAAAUUCAAAUAAACAUCUUUAAAGACAUUUUGCAAAUAUGGUUCAAUCCAGAUUUACAAUAUUUGUCAUUGUGUAUAUUUUGGAACAAUGAAAAUAAAAUAUUGAAUCAAUUUAAA